CAUUUAGAAGCAAAGGGGAGCCAGCAAGAGAAGCCGAUGAAUUUGAGAAAGCCCCCUCACUAGACACAGUAUUUUGCGCAUGAAUUGUUCAAACCUUGAAGCAAAAAAUGGAUUUCACAACCAAACAUGGACUGGUUCUGCUUGAGCAGUUAAGGAAGAUGAGGGAGGCAGAGCACCUGACAGACGUAGUGCUAGUUGCUGAAGGCGUAAGCUUUCCCUGUCACCGCCUUGUUCUGUCUGCCUUCAGCCCCUAUUUCCGUGUUAUGUUUACAUGUGGCCUCCGUGAGUGCAACAGCAGAGAAAUAUUCCUGCGAGACAUCCCUGCAGACAGCCUGGCUCUCCUCUUGAACUACAUGUACAGCUCAAAUCUUCCUCUUACCAACCCCAAUGUGCAAGGAAUCUCCAUUGCAGCCUUUCUCCUGCAGAUGGAUGAUGUCUUCACUCAAUGCCGGCAUCACAUGACUGAGAACAUGGAUGCCUCCAAUUGCCUCGGUCUGUUUUACUUUGCCCGAGAUCUUGGUGUAGAGGAACUGGCUGAUCAAGCUCAGCGCUUUAUGAGACAGCAGUUUGUCCAAGUCUGCCAGAAUGAAGAGGUUUUAGAGCUCGAAGCCCAUCAACUAGGGAAGUUAAUCAGUUCAGAUGACCUUAAUAUUUCUAGAGAAGAAACUAUUUUAGAUGUGGUUCUUCGCUGGGCCAAACACAGUUUUCUGAUGGAAGGAGAAGUACGUAGCAAGCACCUCCCUGAGCUCCUCAGGAAAGUUCGCCUACCCUUGAUCAACCCAGACUAUUUAAAAGAGACAAUGAAGAGGAAUACAGCCUUGCUGGCUGACGCUGAAUGUAUGGAGAUAAUGAGGCAAGCUUUGGCGAUUGUAGCGAUGCAUCCUUCCGCAGUACCACGCAAAAUGAAGUUGCGGUAUGGGAUGGAAACCACAGAUUUGCUACUCUGUGUGGGUAAUGACAGCAAUGGGAUUAGGUCAAGAUAUGCCAACUACAGUGAACGCAGCUUUUGUUACGCCCCCACAACAGGUCGGAUUUACUACAUCACCUCACCUCGAUACGGAGAUGCUCUAGGGUACGUAUGUGCAGGGGUUGUAACUGAAGACAAUAAUAUUAUAGUGUCAGGAGAGGCUGGUGCCCGCAGGAUGUCCCGACAAAAGGAAAUGAAUGUAGAGCUCUACAGGUACAAAGUCGAAGCCCAAGGCAGUUGGGAACGUCUGACAUCAGCAGAGUACCGUGAUUCUUAUGGAUUAGGCUCCUUGGGCGAUACCUUGUACCUGAUUGGUGGGCUGAUGAAGCUGAAGAACCAGCUUCUCAUCACUAACUGUGUGGAGCGAUGGUCUCUCCAAGGAGGACCUUGGCGCAGCGCAGCACCUUUACCAGUGCCACUGGCUUAUCACAGCGUGGUCAGGCUGAAGGAUCGCCUGUAUGUCAUUGGUGGUAGAACACCACAGUCAUACCGAAUGGAUGAUGAGCCAGACCGUCUUAGUAACCGCCUUCUUGAGUAUGAUCCAAACAUAAAUAAGUGGACAGAGCGGGGUCCAAUGAAGUAUUCAAAAUACAGAUGUAGUGCUGUUGUGCUCAACGGGGAAAUCUUUGUAAUGGGAGGCAUUGGCUGUGAGGGUGUGGACCGAGGGCAGUCACGGCGUUGUCUUGAUGCUGUGGAGCUCUACAACCCAGAUGGGGAUUAUUGGAGGGAUGGACCUUCUCUACCAUGCUCUCAACUAUCAUUGCGCACUAAUGCCUCAAAUGCUGGUGUGGUGGGAGGAAAGAUUUAUGUGUGUGGGUACUACAAAGGAGCAGAUCGUCAUGAUGAUAUUACAAAAGACAUCUUGGAACUAGACGCCUGGGAGAACCGAUGGACGGUCAUUGCUCGGCGUGCUUUGAUGCAUGACAAUUAUGACGUCUGUUUAGUGGCAAGUCUGAAUCCAAGAGGACUAAUAUCUCCACCUACAGACCUACCGCAGUAAAUAAAUAAAGUCAGCUGUGAUUUGGAGAAUGAAUUGAAUUGGUGAAAACACCAAUUCAAUUCAUGGUGCUGCAUCUUCGAAAUUGUACUUAGUAGGAAAUUAUACAUUAAUGCGCCUGCAUGAAGUCCAUGCACACUUUCUGCAACUCACUCCACAACAUGGACGAUACACGGCACUUAAAUUGUUAAAGCUAUUUAGGUAGAGCGUAAGGAGAUACUUCUUUAAACUAAGUUCUUUAUAAGGAAAACAAUAAAUGCUUCAUAUUAAUGAUAUUUGUUCGCUUUACAUAUAUAUUUUUAUUGCAUUUCAACCUCCUUCCAUUUUCU